UGCCGAGAAGUGUGGAAACAAGAUGUAAUUUUCGAGCGAUUUCAACGAGUUGUAAAUCGAUAUAAAUGUCAAAAUUAGUAUAUUGUAACACUGUAUAUUCUGUUUAAUUCAAUUAGUGUAUCAUAGACCAACUUGGAUCGUUUAGUUGGCCAAAAACCUGUCUGUUUAUAUACUAGAUGCCAAAAUCUGUUGAGACAAGAUGGGGAAGCUACUUUCUAAGAUAUUUGGGAACAAGGAGAUGAGAAUUUUGAUGCUGGGGCUAGAUGCAGCAGGAAAAACCACUAUACUUUACAAAUUGAAGCUGGGCCAGUCUGUGACCACUAUUCCAACUGUAGGAUUUAAUGUGGAGACUGUCACUUAUAAAAAUGUUAAAUUCAGUGUCUGGGAUGUUGGGGGACAGGACAAGAUCCGUCCAUUAUGGCGACAUUACUACACUGGUACGCAGGGCCUUAUAUUCGUAGUGGACAGUGCUGACCGUGACAGAAUCGAUGAAGCGAGACAGGAACUUCAUCGUAUAAUUAACGACAGGGAGAUGCGUGAUGCCAUCAUCCUUGUGUUUGCUAAUAAGCAGGACUUACCUGAUUCAAUGAAACCACAUGAAAUUCAGGAGAAAUUAAGUUUAACAAGACUUAGGGACAGAAACUGGUAUGUACAGCCAGCGUGUGCGACGUCAGGAGACGGACUGUACGAGGGCCUGACCUGGCUAACAUCAAACCACAAAUCUUGACCUGCUGAUUUAUUUUAAGUCAUUGUCUAUCCUAUUGUAUACAUUAAAAUGAUUCACUUUCAACGUCUGUGGCAGUGUUAACAAUCUGCAGGAAAAAUACUUAUAGUCAGAAAAACUGAAGAAAACGGAAUAAAAACUAAAGGUCAGCAGGCCCAUUGUCCUCCUCGACUUAAAAAGACACUCCGAGGGAAGAGUGAAAGGAGAGGGAGGAAUUUUUAAAGUGAUCAAAAGGCAUGGGUAUUUUACAGCUUCAACACAGAUCUGCAAAUAAACCAGCUUCCAGGCCAUGUAGUAUACCAACAUUGUGUAUGUUUAUUUUCCCCUUUUUUGUCGGAUCAUUGCUGAUUAGUCUGCUGGUUAUUAUUAUCAACCUAUGUACUUCUGUCACUUUUUGUUUGUUAUUGGUGGAAUGUAUUGAAUGGAGAAAAUGGUAUUUUUUUUUUGUGUAUAAAAAUCAUCUUGUUAUAAAAAAUGCGUAAUGUGGAGUUGAUUCAUUUGAAGGAAAUUUUCAAGAUUUUUUUUUAUCUCCUCUGUGUGAUAAAGCACAAGGUUAUAAAGAUGUUCCUUUGAUAAAAAAUGAUCAUUUUAUUUCAAUUGCACUUGUGCUUUUCAAUGAUUUAAAAAGAAGACUUAAUGGAUCGCCUAGUUUGCACAACCUUGAAUGUUUGGUAUGCCUGAUUAUUGAUGGAUAUUUUAUGCCUCAAUGAUUUUAUUUCUUUUGUGAUGAAAGUUAUUAUUUUUAAUACAUUUGCCAUCUUCUUUUAACAUGUUUCACUUUCAACUAUCAGGAAAAAAUGAACUGCUUUAUGAUUAAAGCAAUGAAUAGCUUUUUGAAUUUUUUAAAAAUGAAAAUAUCACUACAUCAUUAUCUUUUUACACUUCAAUGUUUCCCUCUGUUCUCUGGUGCUUAUUUCAGAUUGUAUGGCUUGAUUACUAUAUUCAUUUGUAAUGCUUUCAUUAGACCAUAUGUAGUCAGAUUUUUCUUUUUAACUUUAUAAUACUGCAUUGACCACUAUGUAACCAGCUUAUUAACAACAGAAUUGUAGGAAAUCUUAUUUGCUUUUCUUUGUAAUAUGAUUUCAAUAAAUGAUAUUAUUUAGAUAUUGAAUUAUCAGUGAGAAUUAUGUUUUGCACAUCACUUGGCUUAAUUUAAACAAUCAUCGGAAAAGUGCUGUGAAUGAGGAUAAUUGUGUAAAGAUCGUUUUCUUCAUAGUGAACCAGUUGACAUGAAUCUUGAAAGAAGAAUUACUUUCACAAGGUUUAAUUGGCUUCAAUGAAUUGUUCAAAUUUUUUAGGAAAAGAAGUUCAGUUAUGCAAGAAUAAGGAAUUACUAUAGAUUUUUCACUGUGUACAAUGUACAUUGUCGAUACAGAUUGUAUUGAAAUACUUGUAUGAAAAUAGGAUAUUGAUUUUUCUUUUAGACAUUCCAAAAAAACAAAAACAAUUUUGAUUUGCAUUGCAUCAUUUUUGUUUUGUCUGUGUAAAGUUAUUGUAAGGCUUAAGGACUUAGCAAGUCUCAGCAUCAGAUAAGUCCGAAACGUGUACAAAGACUUAGCUUGGCUUAUUUUAUAGUAUUUUGUAUCACUAAAUGUUCUUAUAUUGUAUGGAGAAAAAUGUUUCAAAACAUGUGAGCUGUAGCAUUUAUGAAAAAAUUUCUUCGAUAAAUUUUGCUGUUUUUUACAAUUGUUCAGAAUGUUGAGCUCUAAGAUAAUGUAAGCAUUUGCAGAUUGUCGGAUUGAUUUAAAGCUAUUUUUUUAAACUCCAUACAGCCAGCUACUUCAUGAUGAAUUUUACAUUGCCUGGGCAAAUGCUUGUAAAAUACUGGAGUUGUCUCUCUUUGCUUGUAUGCGGAAGGAAAAAAGUACAGGAACUGAGAUAUGUAUAUUUGUAAUGUUAUUGAUACUAGUAUAGUAAUAUAGCUUUCUCUUGUGCAAUAUUAUCCUAGAUAAUUUAUUAAAUAUUGCUUUAGGUAGGAAAGAUUAACAAAUUAUAUCUCAUGGGAAGAAAUAGUCAAAACAUGUAACCGGGGCAAAUUUGAGGGGUCUGAAUUUCUUUAAGCAGUAUGUGGUGCUGUUUAGUGAGAUACCUCUCGUAUUCAAUUUAAUUCUACAAAUUUUAAAGAAAAAAAAACGUGUGAAAGAACAUUUUUUACAUGUAAGUAAUGUAGUGCCCAUGUAGGGUAGGUUGUAUCAAUUUUCCUACUGUGUUUUAAGAAAUAGAACGGAAGAUGUCAAAAUGAUACAUGAAUGCUACUAAUUUUUCUUUUCCAAUUAAUUGUGAGCAUGAUAAUAAUUGUAUAUUUUUUAUUCUCUGUAAGGUGAAUGAGGUCAUAUUUUGUUAUGUGUAUUGUCCUUAACCAACAUAUUUGUAUAAUAUCUAUGUCAAACUAUGUUCCCUGUUCAAUUCUAGAAAUAUUUCGGUUUCAAAUUUAACUGCUUACUUAGUGCAAAUGCAAGAUUGUCUGGAAGCGGUUCAUUUGCUACAGAUGUUGAUGAUUUUAUACCAGACAAUAAAACAUUGUUAUUCUA